AUGACCUGGCAGCUUUACGUUACGUUCGGUAUAUUUCUGGGAUUUUCGGCUAACCUUGCUGUGGUAAACACUGGUAUAAUAAAGAUUCUUCCCUUUUCUUCCUUCUUGGAAACGUCGUGCAGUAGUCCCCGCUGGCUCAUCAAGAAAGGCCGUUACGAAGAAGCUUUUAGGUCACUAUGCAAACUGAGAUUUACUGAAUUGCAAGCUGCAAGAGAUCUUUAUGCCACACACGUACAAUUCGUACAAGAAAAAAGCAUAAUUGCCAAAGGCGAAAAUCCAUUAAGCCGCUUUAGGCAGCUUUUUGCUGUUCCAAGGAUUCGCCGUGCCAAUCUAGCUGCCUCCACCACGUUAUUAGCAGCGGGCUUCUGCUUCUGGAUCCCAGGGGAUACGGGUAGUUCCGGUCGACUAGCGCCACUCGCUCUUUUCAUUUUCCUUUUCGCGGCCAUAUAUACUCCAGGUGAGGGUCCUGCGGUUUUCGUCAACGCACUCGGCUCUACUAUCUUAUCACUCACUUUCCCGUGGAUGCGUAUUGCAUUUACUCCCACUGGUGCUUUUGGCUUUUACUGUGGCCUGAACAUUGUCGCUUUCUUCAUGAUCUUUUUCUGGGUCCCAGAAACAAAAGAACUGACGUUGGAGGAGCUUGACUACGUUUUUGCGGUACCCAUUGCAAAAUUCAUGAAGUAUCAAGUGAAGGUGGCAUUCCCUUACUUCUGUGAGCGAUGGAUACUUUGGCGCAAAGACGCCAAAUUAUCUCCACUUUAUGACUUUUCAGAGACCAGAGUUGUCACCUAUGGACAUGUAUCUCAUUCGGAUGCUGACCCUCAUCCGGGAAUAAAGAUUGACGACGUCUGA